AUGCAUAUACGACAUAAUAUUCAAAAAUCACAUAGGGCUGAAAAUGAAUGGGGUUUUACACUUGAUCUCUUGCAGUUCAUACAGCAUACUCCUCCACCGGAGUCGCACGCCGAGAAUCUAAACUGGAUUUCAGGUCUCACUUCCUUGAAGUACCUUAACUUAGGAUUUGUGAAACUGGAUAGUGCUGGAACUGAUUGGCUGCAAGCAUUAAAUAAACUUUCUGCCCUGGUGGAGCUACGUUUGCAUUGGUGUAAACUUCAGGUUCCACUUUCAUUGCCAUUCAUUAACUUCACUUCACUUUCAGUUCUUGAUUUGUCAGAAAAUUCUUUUAAUUCUGAAAUCCCUGAAUGGUUAUUCAACCUUACAAGCCUUUCCAAGCUGUAUCUCAGAUGGAAUUUCUUUAAUGGUCCCAUUCCUGGUGAGUUUGCAAACCUGAAACUUCUUGAGUUCUUGAUUUGUCUAACAAUUUGGACCUUGGAGGCGAAAUUCCAAGUUUCUUUGGAAACUUUCCAGGCCGAAGAGUUUAGAUCUUUCUGCAAACAAUUGAACGGUGAGAUUCAGGAGUUUUUGGGAGGAAGCUUGUCAUCAUUGAAAACAUUGGACCUCUCCUACAACAGGAUGAAUAGCACGAUUCCGAAAGUUUCGGCCAACUCUCUGAGCGUUUCAUGCCGACCUGAUGAGAAUUCCUGGACAGGAAUCUUAAGCGAAGCACACAUGAUGAAGCUUGGAAGAUUAGAAUAUGUCACAAUCACAACAGAACCACCAGAUCCAGGGAAAGCUGCCACACCAUUUGGAAUUUCCAAAUUUAAGGGCCUUGAUUUGGGUUCUAAUCAUUUUGAGGGCCCUUUCCCGCCUAAUGCCAAGGCUGCAAAAACUGAUCUUUCCUGGAAUCGUCUUGACGGAAAAGUCCCCUCAUCAAUGUGUGAACUAGAAGGUCUGCAAGUUCUUUCCCUUCGGAGCAAUAAGUUGGAUAUUCCCAGGUGUAUUGGAAACCUAUCAGGCUUGGUCUUUGGAAACAACACUGAAGUCUUCGAACGGCUGAUAUAUGUUGUGAUGAAAGGAAGAGAUCCAGAGUACAGAAGCAUUAUUGUGAGUGUCAACACCAUCGACCUUUCGUGGAAUAAUGUAACAGGAAGAAUUCCAGAAGAGAUUGCAAGGCUUUCAGCUCUGAGAAUGUUGAACUUAUCACAUAACUAUCUUUCAGGGCCAUCCUGA